ACGAAGCACGUCACAUGAAAUAAACUGGGUGUUUUGGCUUGCACGCGCAUUAUGUGCGCGCUUCCGUAAAGCAGUGACAAAGAUGGCGGCCGCCGCCGGAUCAGGCAUCGUGGUUCCCCGCAGCUUUCGGCUGCUGGAGGAACUGGAGGAAGGUCAGAAGGGAGGUGGAGAUGGUACAGUGAGCUGGGGCCUUGAAAACGAUGACGACAUGACGUUAACUCACUGGAAUGGCAUGAUUAUCGGCCCCGCCAAGACUGUCUAUGAAGGCAGGAUAUACAGUCUGAAAAUAGAAUGUGGAUCCAGAUACCCAGAGUAUCCCCCUCUGGUCCGCUUUGUGAACAAGAUCAACCUGAGCGGCGUACACAAUUCAAAUGGUGUGGUGGACAUAAAGGCGGUGACAUCACUGUGCAGGUGGAAAAACUCCUACAACAUCCGGACGGUGCUGCAGGAGCUCAGACAGCACAUGACGACAAAAGAGAACAACAGGCUUUCCCAGCCACCUGAAGGCCAGGUGUACAACUGAGGCUCCUGCUGCUACACACACACACACACACACACACACACACACACACACACACAUAUACACACAUAUACACACAUAUACACACAAACACACAUACAUAGCAUUCUUAAUGCUUUAACACUGACUCUACCACUUUCAAACUACACAACCAUUGUGUUAUCUCCAAGACUCGACUCGGAUCUUCCCAUUGGACAGAGAGAGGAAUGCACAGGUGAACCUGACUUCACCCAGUGCCCAGUCAUCCAUUAAAGUUCACGGUGCAGACCAAACAUUACAAAAUACUGUACAUCUUACUGAUGUUUUGUUUUUUUUAUUCUCUUUGUGUUCUACAUCCAGAUUGUAAAAUAACAAAUGACCUGAUUGAGUGUACCAAUUAUGUGUGUGUGCUGGACAGUUAGUCCCUGCUAUAUAUGGGUAUUGCGUUGAGGGAUUUGAACCAACUUGCUAUUUAGCAAAAGAAACUUCUGUAACCCCAACUGAAAUAUGGAUGUUAAAUGUUCGGCUCAUUCUGAGUUGUUUAAA